CGGGUGUCUGUUAGCUUCCUGAGCUUCCUUCUGCUCAGCUCCAACCACUGCACAUCACAGAUGUACACAUGAUGCUACAGUCGUCCAGGGCUGCAGUGAGAUUGCCACAGCUGUAAGAUGUCGAUGGUGCUGUUCGCCUCAGUGGUGCGGGUCGGAGACGGCCUGCCUCUCUCUGCAUCUACUGAUUAUGAGCAGGACAGAGAGCUUCAGGAAACCAAGAGACAUCUCAAGGGUCUCUCCAAGAAGCUCGGCCAGUUCCCCGACCGCUGCUGCACACUCAAGACUGGACCUUACAAUGUCAAUUUUACAAGCGCGCUGGGUGUUGGAUACCUGAUGGUGUGCACUGCGAACUACCCCAACGUGCUCGCCUUCUGCUUUCUGGACGAGCUGCAGAAGGAGUUUAUCAUCACCUAUGAACCCAAACGAAUCAGCAGCGCCGUGCGGCCGUACUCCUUUAUUGAAUUCGACACCUUCAUCCAGAAGACCAAACAGCGCUACAACAGCCCGCGUUCGCUGUCCACCAAGAUCAACCUGGCUGACAUGCAGACAGAGAUCAAGCUGCGACCGCACCAGCUCUCCCCUGAGGACCUGCGGGCUAUCAAUGGAUUCUCGGUGCACGCACCCUUGAAAUACAAAGGCAUAGCUCCCACACAGAUGUUGGAGCCGGUGACUCUCUCAGGCAUUGUGUCCUGUGUGCUCAGUAUCCUCUGUGGAGGCCUGAACCUGCUGCGAGGAGUCCACGCUAUAGAGAGCAUACUGCAGAACGACGAUGAAGACUUUAAUUAUGUGAUUGCCUUCUUCCUCGGCACAGCAGCCUGUCUGUAUCAGUGCUACCUGUUUGCCUACUUCUCUGUGUGGAGGAACAGUAAGUCCUUCUUGGCGUUUGCACUCAUCUGUCUGUCCAACAUGUAUCUGUAUGAACUGAGGAACAUGUGGCAGAUCCUCUUCCAUGUUGCGGUGGGGGCCUUCAUGACCCUGCAGAUCAGACUGAGGCAGCCGCUGGGCAAAGCGCCAGACUAUAAUGUCUGACAAAGACCUUAAACACAAAGAACAAAUGGGCCUUCGGUCACAUUGUCGCGCACAUGUCCCGGAAAUAGAGUGGAGACGGCACUGAGGACAAAGUGGAAACAAACAAAACAAUCCUCGCAAUUUCAGGAAGGAAAACCAAAAACUGUUGCAGCACCACAGUCGGGCUGUUCACAGCACCAGUGGACACAUCUCAGCGUGGACUUGGAGGACACCACCGCUUGGUUUUAUUAUUGGAUUGGGUUUGUGAAGUUUGCUACUUCUCACUGUUGUCUGAUUAACGCAUUUGCUUUUACUUCCUUUCAGUGCAGCCAUAGUUAAGGUCAGAGUCCUGCGUAUGUCCAGUUUUGCAAACCCACGCUCUCCCUGCACCCCCGAACCUAAGAACCGACUUGUUAUAUGUGACACGCAAUCCCACGUAUAACCAAAAACCCAGGCUGUACACUCGGGCUGCGUAUACAUUAAUACAUUUGAAAACGCAUAAUACUAUGUGUACUCAAAGUGUCCACGCUACUCCCAACUAUCUGAACGCCUGAAACGGAGACUUUAAAAAACACAAAUGCCUCUGUUUAGUUUGAAAACUCCGGGAUUGUGUUUGUAUGGAGACUUUUGAAAACACUGACACAAACACCCACAUUUGAUUCACGAUUGGGUCACGACUUGUCAAACCAAAAUAUUAAAGGUAGACCUACUGGACUCCCCAAAAAUUAACUUCACUCAUGCCCGCCCACAGAAAUUGCUGGGCCUCAAAAAAGUGAGACUUCGAAAAGUACGACUUCACACACUGAGUCCGUUUUUAGUUUUUUUUUCUUCAAAAUUGACACACGUCUAAAAAUAAAUACGGUCAUUUUCCCACUGACCUUUGUCUGACAUUUAAGUUUUCAAAACUUCAUCAUCGUUUCUUUUUAUUGCAUUUUUAAAAUAGUGCUCUAAAAUGAAAAUGUAUUGGUGUGUAUGUAACCUCUGUUGAAUUUGUUAAAGAAAUAGUUACUAUCUUACAAAUACGAACAAGACAAAUAUUUGAUAAAAGCUUUUGAUACUCAAGCAACAGAAACAUUUCUGGUUUGCACCCAAACAUUAUAUCCAGCUCCAAUAUUUCCUUGAGCUUGGUCGUCAACUUAUGUAAGACAAAGAAAGGCUACAUAGAUAUUUAACAGCGGAAACUGAACAUGUAGUGAUCUCUGAUUUAUGUUGAAUGAAAGUGUAAACUUAAAUAACUCGUUUCUGAAAGGUGAAUAAUCCUAGCGAUGCCAACUUUUCUAAUGAAAGUAGAUAGCACUGGCUCCAGAAGUCACCAGAUAACUUCAUAUGCUCAUUUGCAUAUUAAAAAAUUGUCAACAAAACAAUUGCAUGAGAGCUGUGGCGCUCACACAGCACUUUAGUGCACCGAUUUCUCACUUUCAGUCCUGUAAGGAAGCGUGUCAGCGUCACAAUUUAAACUCAGACAAAGAGAGACGUUUCCUCACCUCCUGCCUGUCCAACACCUGCUGCAACAUGCACGCCUUUCCCUGAUGGUCCGAAUAAGUCCCUGAAUUUGUCGUUAGUCACUUUAAAAAAAAAAACUAAAGUCGCUUAGAGAUUCUGAAAAGUUGCAAAAUCUAGCGAGAAAAUCACCAAGUUGGUAACACGGCCCACAUCUCACCCACAUCCAGUUUAUUUUGCGUGCUUUUUGUAUCUGUUACAUGCACUUUUUGCAGGACUCUGGUUUAGGUGUUGAGUUAAAACUAUGCAAUGCUGCCUUGUGUGUGUGGCUCUCAUUUCCGUUUUUGGUGCAUCUGGGAGCCAAUGACCAUACUUUAUUUUGCAAAUAUUUGUCAUUUUAUAUACAGUUAAUUUAUUUACUGAUCGUUUAAUGAAAAUUUAGAUGGAUUUUAUUAGUUAAAUUUGUUGUUUUACGAUUGCUCCGUUUUUUUGUUUUUUUUUUCACGCCAGUAGACACAAACAGUCUGUUAACAUUCAUAUUCUACUUCCUCGCCCACACAGCCGCAAGCAUAUGCCAGUGUCAAGUGACUAUGUUAAUAAACAGGUCUGUGUUGGCAGCAGUAAAGAUGCGUAGCUGUGUUGUCGAGGCCAGAGGCGGCACGAAUCAUCUGAGCAGCCUGUGGUGUGCUUUUCCCUCCUCGGAGCCCCUCGGCUCAGACAUGGCUGCAUCUGCCACCGACAAAGACACAAACUCUCCCCCUCUGCCUGCGCGUUGAGUAUCAGCACAGCGUUCACAUUUGACAUCAUUUCAGUCAGGAGAUGUCACAUUCAUCAUUAUCAGGCAGUGUGAGAUUUGUUCAGAGAAUUAUGGGAAGAUUUCCUGGCUUCCUGCACUUUCCCAACAAAUACUGGCAAACAACUGGAGCAGGGUAGAGGAUUGAGUCAUGCCUUUAUUGUUCAUUGUUCACGAGGAGCUCAGCCAGGAUCGUCGUAACGUCUUUUUAUUUUAAAUCUCUCUCACGCUGGAAGAAGAGAAAAUAAAAAGGAGUAUAGCUGCGCAGCUCCACUCCACAUCCAUCUGGCAUCUGCACUACAGAUCUGUCGGGGGAGCGCUGCAACACUUCAGCCUCGUUAUGAUUCAUCAUCGCGCUCGCUCAAUGUUCUUUAGCUUUCCAGCAGCGGAACCACACCUACAUGACCUAAUCGCUCUUUUCUCAAUAUGGCUGGGACUCGACUGGAUCUGAAUUGAGCCUCACUGGUGCAGAUUGUUUGUGUUCACAUUCUCCUUUUGCACAGCAGUUACAGUAAAUGUGGAGUGUGGGCGUGUUGUGUAAAGAAGGAAACAGUGAAAUUCAAAGCUUUUAUACUGGUUUAUCCAAGUAUGGAAAAUGAAUGUGAUCAUUUUCUUGAUUCUGAAAUUUGGGAAUGAAUUGCUAAUAACUAAUUGUGCGUGUUGUACAAAGUUUUCACAUUUUAAUUUGUUUUAUUUGAUAUUAGACUGUAAUAUCAAGCCUGUUAAAGUUCCCCAGUCAUGAUUAGAGUGCAAAGAUGUUACAAACGAUUAGAUCUAAUGUCAAAUUCAGCAAAUUAAGAUCUAGGAAAGGAUGGGUUUGAUGUGAAAUGGAAAACGUGUUGGAACAGUGAAUUUAAAGCAUAUCUGAGACACAACCUAAUCGCCAGAAUAGACAUAAAUAUUAGCAGCAUCUUAGUAAACAACAACUGCUUUUCAUGGCCGUAUCCUGGCGGCAAAAAAUGCAGCGUCGCUCUCGAUAUGACAACAGCUUUUCAUGCUGCUGUCCUGCUAAGAAAUGCAGCAGUGUUUUGUGAAAAAAAACACCUUUUGAGGCACUAUCUCAGCAGGAAACGCACUGAUGUCAUGUUUCCAUGACACUAUCCUGGCGUGAAAUUCAGCGGCAUCUCGGACACUAUCGUGGCACUAUUCCAGCAGGAACUGCAGCAACAUCUGUUAACAAAAAAAAAAAAAGUGUUCUGACAGGACAGUCUCUGGGAAGAAACAAGUGCUUUUCACAGCAUGAUCCAAAAAAGGAAACAGUGAAAGGUCGUGAAAAGAUGUCCAUGUUUGGUGGUUAAAAAGCAGCUGGAAAUGUCUCAAAUUCUGACGUUUCAUUCACCGUCGUGUCCACCUCCUGUUGACAAAGUCAGCCGAUAUUCUGCGUCACUUUAGAAAUGUUCAUACGAUACAUUUGAAACAUUUUCUUCUGGCGACUGGGCUGUGAGACCAGAAAUGCUUGAAUUUUGUCCAUUUCCUGGUGCAUAUGCAGACGCAUCGAUUCCUCAUGAUGUGAUCUGGUUUUCAGGAACAUAACUUCUCUUGUAUUAGGAUUAAGGUGUCUGAGCUCAACUACGAAACUUUGAACAUUAAAGAAAAUCUGGGACAUUAA